AUGUCUGCAAGCACACGCCGCUCGGGCGUGCUUGCCGUGAAGGUUGGCAUGACGCAGGAGUGGGACAACUGGGGAGCGAGGCUUCCCAUCAGCAUCCUCUGGGUCGACGGCUGCAAGGUCGUCCAAGCAAAGACGGAUGAUCGCGAGGGGUACACUGCCCUCCAGGUGGGCAUCGGCGCGAAGCGCGAGAAGCAGGUCGCCGGCACCCAGCGCGGCCACUUUGCCAAGGCCGGCGUCCCCAUCCUGCGCAAGCUGGCAGAGUUCAGGGUGACGCCCGACGCCGUGCUCCCACCCGGCACGGAGCUGCGUGCCAACCUUUUUGUCCCGGGCCAGUACGUGGACGUCUGCGGGACCAGCAUCGGCAAGGGCUUCGCGGGCGUGAUGAAGCGGUGGGGGUUCAAGGGCCAGCCGGCCAGCCACGGCGCCUCCCUUGCGCACCGCGUGCCGGGGUCGACGGGCGGGAACCAGGACCCGGGCAAGGUCUGGAAGGGGAAGAAGCUGCCCGGCCGGUUGGGGGGCGUGCGCAAGACUGUCCAGAACUGCCUGGUCUACAAGGUGGAUGCCGCACGCAACCUGAUCUACGUCGUGGGUCAGGUCCCGGGGCACAAGGGCAACUUUGUCAGGGUGGCCGACGCCGUGAAGAAGGCGUUUGAGCAACAACCGAUGAGACCCCUGGUGCCCCCUGCGGUGGGGCAGGGCUCAGGGGUCGCUACACUAGAUCCAAACGGGAGGGAUCCCUAUGACUUCCAAGACUGA